AUGAAGAUUGUUGGGCGUAGUUUAUCACAUAAGCGCGUUACUUUUCAAUUAGUUAAAAGAUUCAAAAGUAGUCUUGGAUUAUGGAAUGAGGAUAUAACAACAAAAAUCAAGACAGAUAUAGAAAAGCAUUGGUCUAAGGAAGUACAAAGUAAACACAACUGUGAAGGUAAACCUUAUUAUGUACUACCAAUGUUCCCAUACCCUUCUGGAAAUUUACACAUGGGGCAUGUGCGAGUAUAUUCAAUAUCUGAUACAAUUGCAAGGUUCCAAAGAAUGAAUGGUAAUGAUGUUAUACACCCAAUUGGUUGGGAUGCUUUUGGUUUACCUGCUGAAAAUGCUGCCUUACAGCACAAUAUCCCUCCACAAGUAUGGACAAACACCAAUAUAAAUACAAUGAAAAAACAACUUUUAGAUUUAGGAUUUAACUUUGAUUGGGAAAAAGAAAUAAGUACAUGUGACCCAUGUUACUACAAAUGGACACAAUAUAUAUUUUUAAAGUUAUUUGAAAAAGGCUUGGCUUACCAAAGUAAGGCAAAGGUAAAUUGGGAUCCGAUAGACAAAACUGUAUUAGCAGAUGAACAAGUUGACGAAAAUGGUUGUUCUUGGAGAUCUGGGGCUAAAGUUCAAAAAAAGGUUCUUACCCAGUGGUUUAUAAAGACUACAAAAUAUGCAAAACAAUUGUAUGAUGGCCUCAAUAGCAAAAGCCUAGAAAACUGGAAAGACAUCAUAAAUCUACAAAAGCAUUGGAUUGGCGAAUGUAAUGGAAUAGCAGUUAAUUUUAAAAUAACAAAUGGUAAAAAAACGAAACCUAUUGAAAUUUGGACUUCUGAACCAUACAAACUAAUACAUGGACAGUUUUUAAUUAUGUGCAAAAACAAUGUUACUCUAGAAGAAUUUUUAGACGAUGAAACAACCAGCAUUAAGUGUAUUAAUCCAAUUACAAAUUCAGAAAUGCUUAUUUAUAUAACAGAUGAAUUUACCUACCCUGAGGGUCAAGAAAUAUAUCUGGCAUGCCCAUCUUUUAACAUUGAAGAUAGGAAAUUGUCUAACCAUUUGAAGAUCUCUUUUGACAAUGAAUAUCCAAAUAUAAAUAUUGACAUUGAAAAUCAGAAAGCAAUUAACUUAGCUUUAGGCGAAAAAAUUGGAGGACAUUUUGUUAGUUCUAAACUUAAGGAUUGGCUGAUAUCUAGACAACGUUAUUGGGGUACACCUAUACCAAUAAUUCAUUGCACUGAGUGCGGUGUAGUUCCAGUGCCAUAUGAAGAUCUUCCUGUUAAAUUGCCUGAAAGCCAUGAAUCUGGGCUUCAGACAUUAACAAAUUUGAGUAAUUGGAUAACAUGUAAAUGCCCAAAAUGUUUGGGUAUUGCGAAAAGAGAAACUGAUACAAUGGACACAUUUGUAGACUCUUCUUGGUACUUUUACCGUUUUUUGGAUCCUCAUAACAAAGAAAUGCCGUUCAGUUUAGACAACAUAAAAAAUUUUACUCCCGUUCACUGUUAUAUUGGCGGUAAGGAACAUGCAGUCCUUCACUUAUACUAUGCUCGUUUUAUGAGUUAUUUCCUGCAUUCACUUGGUUGGACAACUACACCAGAGCCCUUUAAAAAAUUAUUAGUUCAAGGUAUGGUUAUGGGGCAAAGUUAUAAGGUUAAAUCCUCAGGCAAAUACAUACGUGCUGAGGAUGUCGAAAAAACAGGAAAAGAUUAUACGGAGAAAUGUACAGGUGAAGCUGUUAUAGUUCAGUGGGAAAAAAUGAGCAAAUCUAAACACAAUGGCGAAAAUCCGGAGCGACUAUUGGCGACUUACGGAUGUGACGCAACGCGGUUGCUAAUGCUUGCUGAUGUACCUCCAGCUACUAGCAGACAUUGGUCUGAUGCAACUCUCCCAGGCGUGUUAAAUUGGCAACAUCGAUUAUGGAUUACAAUGCGUGACUUCAUUGAACAUAGAAAUAAUGCAGAUUUGACUAGGAAUAAAAAUGUAUCAAAUGCGGAUAUCCAAAAUUAUGAUACGAAAAUUUGGGGUUUAAGAAACUAUUUAAUAGCUACUACAACGUAUCAUUUUAAAUACUCUCAAAAACUUAGUGUGGGAAUUUCAAGACUUCAGAGCUUAACUAAUGUUUUAAGAAAUAAAAUACCGCCGGAAGUAAUAGCCUUCAGUAAAGAAUAUGAGCUUGCACUCGCAUCUUUAAUUAUAAUGCUGACACCAGUCACUCCACACUUUUGCUCAGAGUUGUGGGCAGGUUUUUUGUCAGCACCUCAUAGGUUAUGUGACACUUCCCCUAUAAUUGACUGGAAUAAGAGUGUGCUUGAGCAAAAAUGGCCAACAGUAGAUAAGCAUUAUGAGCUAUCGUUUAAGUGUAAAGUUGAUGGAGCGGACAGAUGCGACCUAAAAAUAAAAGCCGAAGAACUUACAAAAAUUGAUCACGAAAAAGCCUUGCAAAUGAUGCUCCAGCAAGAUUCUGUUUCCAAAAGAAUUACUAAAGAUAUUGAAAAUUGCUUGUAA